AACGGACCAUGAAUCUAAUUACUUGACGCACCCACUAAAACAAUCCUGGCGGGAAAAUGUCCGUGCAGUCCUUUCACUCUCGUAUAAAACCCUAAUUUCAUUUUCAUCACCCUAACGUUUCAUAUCCUCCUCUUCUCUCUCAUUUCAAACCUCUAUCUUGGUGUAUUCAAGUCGAUCUUACACUUUAAACGCUAUUAAUUUAUCUGGAAAAUGGUCUACUAAACUGUUUCGGGUAAGGGCCUCAAAUUUUGGAUUUUUUGGGUUCUCUGCUGCUUUAUUGAAAAACCUUAAGUUGCUAUUGACAAAUGGAUACUGCUUUUGAUGACGAGAAUGAGCAGACUAUAACCAUCGAUGAGUAUCUUAACAAGGUCGAAGCUGAGGAGUUGGAAGCGGAUUUGGUUCUGGGUGGAGAUGAGGGCAAAGAGUGCACUUAUACUAUGGGCUAUAUGAAGAGGCAGGCUAUUUUCUCAUGUCUGACGUGUACUCCAGAUGGGAAUGCUGGAGUUUGCACUGCUUGCAGUUUGUCCUGUCAUGAUGGCCAUGAGGUUGUGGAGUUGUGGACCAAGAGAAAUUUUCGCUGUGACUGUGGAAAUUCAAAAUUUGGGGAAUUCUUCUGCAAGCUUUUCCCAAAGAAAGAUGUUGAAAAUGCAGAAAAUUCAUAUAAUCAUAACUUCAAAGGUUUAUACUGCACUUGUGGUCAGCCCUAUCCUGAUCCAAAUGUUGAAGAACAAGAAGAGAUGAUACAGUGCAUUAUAUGUGAGGACUGGUUUCAUGAGGAGCAUCUCGUUCUUGAGCCUUCCAAGGAGAUUCCAAGAGAUGAUGAAGGGGAGCCUCUCUAUGAGGAUUUCAUAUGCAAGAAAUGCUCAGCAAUUUGUUCUUUUUUGACACUAUAUCCUCAGACUAUUUGGGCAACUGGGGGACAGAGUGGUGAUGUUACUGUUAAUACCAGUAAGGAUAAAAAUGUGUUAGAAGAUAUAAAUUCAGGCUCUGGAUCUGGAAAGGAGGAGAAUGAUGGUUAUUCUCAUGGUUCUUUUGAAGAGAAUAAUGAUAAUGGUGAUUCUGCAUCUGUUGCUGAGACAUCUGUUGUUGGAGAGAGUUCUGAGAAGAAUAUUGUAUCAAAUCAAAGCAUAAAUGAGGCCAACCUUCAGACUACUUGUGUUCUUGGAUUAGAUGCAGUGACUACUAUGCCUAUUUCAGAAAGCAAACCACUGUUUCUUUCCAAGAAUUGGAGGGAUAUCCUGUGCAGAUGUGAAAAUUGCUUAGAUAUGUACAACCAGAAGUGCAUAAGUUAUCUGCUCGAUAAAGAGGACUCAAUUGCUGAAUAUGAGAAAGUGGCAAAGCAGAAGAGGGAAGAAAAGUUGCAGCAGCAGGAGGGUGCUGAGCAGAACUUUUUCAAUAAACUGGGUCAUGUAGAGAAGAUGGAGAUAUUGAAUGGCAUUGCGGAUGUUAAGGAGGAAUUUCGAACUUUUCUGGAAUCCUUUGACUCAUCAAAGACAGUCACAUCUUCUGACGUUCACCAGAUAUUUGAAAAUCUUGCCAAGAAGCGUCGGCGUGUAUAGUGAUUUGGCUGCUGGUUUCUCAUGUUAUAAAUGUAACCCUCUUAUCUGUAGUUGGUAUUGGAGUUGAACCUAAAUCUAGAUUCUACGAUGUGCAGAAAACAUGCGAAGUCUUUGGCCUUUUCUAAUUAGAGUGCUUCACUUGUACGAACAAUCUUGCCUUGUAGAAGUAUGUGUUUAUUCUCCUUAACAUAACUUUGGAUAUUGAUGUAAGGAAGUUCAAAUAUUUCCUAACUGUUGAUGAACGAUUGGACGUGUCUUUUACCCAGGAAGUUCAAGAACUAAAUCCUUCUUACCUGCCUAA